CAUGACUGAGAUCUUUUUUAUUGUAAUCUCUAUCAACUUUUAUUUGGUUUAACGCAUACUUUUGAAAUACAAAACCUGCCUAGGAAGUAUGCUCUGCUGCUGUGUAAACUCGGAGAGCAACAAGAAGUAUGCUGAGCUGGACGCGAAGCUUGAACGGAAAAUGGUGGAGAGCCGGAGGUAUUAUCCGGGACACCGGAGUUUAAAGUCAAUGGAUUCAAUCAUCAUGAUGUUUCCAAAGCUGAGAGAGGGAUUAAGAAACAUCAGAAACGUUUUUGAGUCCUAUGAUCAAGAUAGAAACGGUACGAUUGAUAUGGAGGAGCUGAAGAAGUGCUUAGAGGAACUAAAGCUGAUGAGUUUGUCGGAGGAAGAAGUGAAAGGUCUAUAUGGAUGGUGUGAUGUUGAUGGAAGCAAAGGGAUACAGUUUAAUGAGUUUAUUGUUCUUCUUUGUCUCAUUUAUCUUCUAGCAAAACCUUCCGCUGAAUCUAACGUGGAGGAAUCGAUAGAGUUGGGUCCGAAGUUGGUUGAAUCUAUAUUUGAUCCGAUAGUGGAAGUGUUCUUGUUUCUGGACAAAGAUGGUAAAGGGAAGUUGAACAAGGCUGAUGUUAUAAAGACAUUGAAUAAUGAAGACUAUCCGCUAGAGAGAUCUCCUAAACAUGUCACCAACAUGAGAUUUGAAGAAAUGGAUUGGGGAAGAAAAGGGAAAGUGGGCUUUAGAGAGUUUCUAUUUGCUUUCAUGAGUUGGGUGGGUAUUGAUGACGCAGAUGGUUAUAUGAGCAGCUAAUUAAGAAACAACACUUAAACCCAAAGAGUUUCAAAUCUUGUACUAAUCUACGAUUAAGAUGAUUCUACAAGCUUGUUUAAAUCAUCAUGCACUAAUCUACGAUUAAGAUGAUUCUACAAGUUUAUUUAACUCAUUAUUUAUGUUUAAUUGUUGUGAGACAUUUGCCAAAACUAUAGCUGUACACAUACGACAGCUUGAUUAUGUUA